AUGGCAAAUGAUAAACGCACCGUUUAUAUUGGUGGCUUGUCGGAAGAGGUAACAGAUAAAUUGAUAACCGACGCGUUCAUCCCAUUCGGCGAUCUGGUAGACAUUCAGAUGCCCAUCGAUUACGAAUCGCAGAAGCACCGAGGGUUCGCUUUCAUCGAAUUCGAAAACGCCGAAGAUGCUGCCGCUGCUGUGGACAAUAUGAACGAUUCGGAGCUCUGCGGGCGCACGAUACGCGUAAACACAGCGAAGCCUCAGCGCAUCAAGGAGGGCAGCAACCGGCCGGUGUGGGCGGACGAUAACUGGCUUCAAAAGCACGCCGGUGCUACGCUAAAGAACAACGACAACAACGAGCAGCAGAUGGAAACCGGCGCCGAAAACGUCCAGCCAUCGGAACCAAAGGUAGCGGAGGAGAAGAAGCGCAAUCCCCAAGUGUUCUUUGACAUACGGAUAGGAAACAGCGACGUCGGACGUGUAAUUAUGGUUUUGCGGGCGGAUAUCGUUCCCAAAACUGCGGAAAACUUCCGUGCACUUUGUACCGGCGAGCAGGGAUUUGGUUACAAGGGAUCAACUUUCCACCGUAUUAUUCCCGAGUUUAUGUGCCAAGGCGGUGACUUUACUGCACACAAUGGAACGGGUGGGAAAUCGAUCUACGGUAAAAAGUUUGCCGAUGAAAAUUUUACCCUAAAACAUACCGGUUUCGGGAUUCUAUCGAUGGCCAAUUCCGGCGCGAACACAAACGGCUCCCAGUUCUUCAUUUGCACUGAAAAAACCGACUGGCUGGAUGGAAAGCACGUGGUGUUUGGAAAUGUUAUCAGCGGUGCCGACGUAGUGCGCAAAAUGGAACGCUGUGGGUCGAAGGGUGGAAGAGUACAACAAAAAGUAACGAUUGUCGCGUGUGGUGAAAUAAAAGGAUAA